AUGUCCACACAUAGACAAAGGAAGGUCGACUGCAGCCAAACAAGCCAUAUAAAGUUCGCCAUAUUAGAAAACUGCUGGCUGGCUUCAAGGUGCAGUCCUCCGCGAAAACGAGUCUCUUGGGAGCGCCACCAAAAUCAUGACUUCUUGACACAUUCUGCGAACAGCCGGCACAUAUUUCACCGCAGGUCUCGCCUGGACAAUGCUGUACAAUUACGACGAGAUCUACAGCUUCGGCACCGAUCCGAUCCCCGAUUUCUCUCCUAUCUCACGGCUCGCUGGUUGUACAUCACCCGAAAAUGGGCCAUGUUUUCGGGUUCACAGAGGAACUACUCGACAGCCGUGAGUCAAUGUCUGACAACUACGACUAACUCUGUAGAGCGCCAGCUAGAUGAAAGAGACGAAGAUGAUUUCAUGUGA